UCACAAAAUCAGUGGUGGAUAAGCUCUCUCCUCUCCCCAUGCUCAAAUCCAUCUCCCACCUCCCCACCACGAAACUGCACAACCAUCUUCCUUCUCUCAACACAGUAUUGGACAAGAAGCUGUGCCUUCUUUCCUCUGCUCCACUACGUAUAUUCCCGGUACUAUUUACGAGCGAUCUGACAGCCAACACGGUCUCUGAACUUAUUGCAUUCAGCACAGGAACAUAUUCCCUAGCCUGCUGCUUGGUGCCCUUUUCAGCCUUUGCGGCAAAACCGAAUCGCCAUGCCAGUAGUUCUCUCUGGGAAAGAGCAGUCGCUCUUUCGAACUGUUGUGCGCAAUUAUGAGGACAAACAAUAUAAGAAAGGUUUGCCAGCUCCAGCUGCUAUUAGCAAAGCUACGCUCUAAUUCAAUUUUAGGGAUCAAGGCCGCCGAACAAAUCCUCAAGAAGAACCCCAAACAUGGAGAUACACUGGCAAUGAAGGCGCUAUGUAUGAAUUCGCAGGGGAAAACGGAAGAGGCGUUUGCGCUCGCGAAAGUCGCCCUAACUUGUGAUAUGAAGUCGCAUGUUUGCUGGCAUGUUUAUGGAUUGUUGUGGAGAGCUGUAAAGAAUUUUGAAGAGGCGAUCAAGGCAUACAAGUUUGCUUUGAGACUAGAGCCAGAAUCUGUACAGAUUCAGCGGGAUUUGGCUCUGUUACAGGUGCAGAUGCGGGACUACCAAGGUUAUUUGGUUAGUCGUAGAGCAAUGUUGGCUGCUAGAUCUACCAUACGACAGAGUUGGACGGCUCUUGCAGUAGCACAGCACUUGAGUGGGGAUCUUGCACAGGCAGAGGGUGUUUUGACCAGUUAUGAGGAAACUUUGAAGAACCCUCCAUCCAAAACCGACUUCGAAAACUCUGAAGCUGUGAUGUACAAGAACUCCUUGAUUGCGGAGCAAGGAGACUACCAAAGGGCUUUGGAGCACUUGGAAUCUGCUGGGAAACAUAACUUGGAUAGACUCGCUGUUUUCGAGCUUCGCGCUACAUACCUGACCAAGCUUGAUCGAACCGAAGAAGCCACAAAGGCAUACCGAGCCCUUAUCGAUCGCAACUCGGAAUACAAAACUUACUAUGACGGCCUAAUAAAGGCCAUGGGAGUUGCGCCCACAGACCACAAAGCCAUGAUUGCAGUAUACGAUGAGUAUGCCGAAAAGUAUCCUCGAUGUGAUGCAGCGCGCAGAUUACCUCUUGAUUUCUUGGAGGGUGAGGAUCUAGUCCACUACCUCUGUAAUACAAUGCUAAUUAUUGCACUUAGGCGAUGACUUUAAAGCGGCUGCAGACAAGUAUAUCAACCGGAUGUUGGACAAGGGUGUACCAUCAACCUUUGCAAACCUCAAACAUCUUUAUUCCAGCGAUUUCAAAAAAGAAGUCCUUCCUUCGUUAGUUCAGCAAUACAUUGACAGUGGGAAGAGUGAGAAGAGCGAAGAACCAAAGAGAAAUGGCGAUACAUCCAAAGGUGCCUCUGCGGCGUUCUAUUUUCUUGCCCAACAUUACAACUAUUAUUUAAGUCGCGAUCUAGACAAAGCAAUGGACUUCAUUGACAAGGCCAUCGAAUUGGAACCCAAAAGCGUGGAUUUCCAUAUGACAAAAGCGCGCAUAUGGAAGCAUUACGGCAACACUCAAAAAGCUUCUGAAAUUAUGGAGCUCGCCCGAACUCUGGAUACACGAGAUCGCCACAUCAACACCAAGGCUGCCAAAUAUCAACUGAGAAACAAUGAGAGCGAAGCCGCUUUGAAAACAAUGGGAAUGUUCACUCGAGCAGAGACUGUUGGAGGGCCACUUGCUGAUUUGCAUGAUAUGCAGUGUGUGUGGUUUUUGACCGAAGACGGUCAAUCGUAUGCGCGUCAGGGGAAAACUGGUCUUGCUCUCAAGAGAUUUACUUCUAUAUUCAAUAUUUUUGAUGUAUGGCAAGAAGAUCAAUUUGAUUUCCACAGCUUCUCUUUACGCAAAGGUCAAAUCCGAGCGUACGUUGAUAUGAUCAGAUGGGAGGAUCAAUUGAGGGAACACCCUUUCUAUUCUCGUGCUGCACUCUCUGCCAUUGAAGUGUAUAUCAAAAUUGCUGAUAAGCCUCUGUUGAAUGGAUCCAACGGGACAGCAGGCCUGAGUGAAGAAGAUGCGGCUGAGCAGAGGAAGGCAGCGAAGAAGGCGCGAAAGGAAGCGCAAAAGGCCGAGCGUGAAGCGUUGGCAAAAAAGAAUGAGCCCAACAAGUCAACCAGAGAAGGGGAUAAUGAUCCCAAGAAGAAGGACGAUGAUCCAGAAGGUAUCAAGCUUGCUGCUACAACAGAGCCAAUGAAUGAUGCUAUGAAGUUCCUCACACCUCUUCUGCAGUUCAGCCCAAAGAACAUCGAUGUUCAGUUGGCUGGAUUUGAGGUCUUCAUCCGACGAAGUAAGUUUUUUUUUGGUACCCAACUCGAACUAGUCGACUAAUAUCAUUGGCAGAGAAGUAUGUUCUUGCUCUUAAAUGUCUGCUGGCAGCAGCAGCUCUCGACCGAGAGCACUCUAAGGUUCACAGCCAAUCUAUCCGAUUCAAGCUUGCACUGGAUAAGGAACUGGACACCAUCAACCCAAAAACCGCGGAAGUAAUCAAGUCUGAGUUCAACCUUAUCCCAGCGUCUGUGCCCCUUGCGAAAUUCAACGAUGAAUACCUUAGCAAGCAUAAAGAUUGCGCUCGACGAACACUUUCGGGGUUGACGACGCGAAGAUUAUUGUCUCCUGAUGCAUCCCCGAGCGUCGAGAAAGAUAUCGUUGACAUUCUCAAAUUUCCGACUGUCACAUCAGAAGAAGCCACUGAGGCAUAUGAAGUACUGAAAUCUUGGAAAAGUAGCGAGGUUGACACAUUCAAGUCAAGUGCAACACAAACGUGGCCCAAAGCAACAAUCUUUGCUUGAUGUUAUUGAAUUUAGCGAAUUGUGUAAUUUGAUAUUCGCACGAAUUUCUGAACAGCCUAUCCGAUAUAUUUUUGCGGCGGCUUGUGGCAUAGCUAGCAUUGGCAUGGAAACUUUCGCAGGGAAAAGAUUAGUUAGAUAAAAGUUUUGAUGACCCCUUUGCGAAAUGAGGG